UAAACGGGGGAUGAGAGAGGGGAGGCAGCGUGGUUGACGAACAUACUUUUACGCAGUCAAGCUCAGUCCAGACAAGAGGCUCACCUGUGCGGCGAAAAAGAUGAGCCAUCCAAAUGAGAAAGAUGCCUCUGACACAACCGAGAGUAAACCUAAAUCCCCCAUGCUCUCGUACUGCAUCGAAAGCAUACUCGGCCGGAGAAGUCCGCUCAAAGUCAGACUCACAGGAAUGCAAAGUUUACCAAUGCUGAGAGUGGAGCAUAAUGCGUCUUUGGAAGCCUCUCAGAAAAAUGCCGACAUACACCUGCCCACCAAGUUGCGGCGUCUAUAUGGCCCAGCGGGGAAGUUCAUGGACUCCAGUCGCGGAGUUCGCGAUCAUGAGAAGCAAGAAGACAGGGAGCGUCCUCUAGACAAAGCCCAUGAAAUUCUGAAAAUCACUCAGGCGCCACAAGUUAACAUCAGCCGCAGUAAAUCAUACAGGAAGAACGCGUCCCACAGUCCGAGGGAGGAAGAACAGAACCUCGGGCGAGGGAAAGAGGGGCAGGGUGAACUUGACGCCCCAAAGUUCGAGGACACUUGCAAGGAGCGCAUCUGCGAAGACGUAGAAACGUCCCCAAAGAACCGAGAGAGUUUGCACAUCGAUGGAGAUGUAAAAGAUAGCGAGGACAACGUGUGCUUUUCAGCUGGCAGUGACUCAGAGGAGGGGAUGCUAAAGCGAAAACAGAGGAGAUACAGGACUACGUUUACAAGUUAUCAACUUGAGGAGCUGGAGAGAGCUUUCCAGAAGACGCACUACCCGGAUGUGUUCACACGGGAGGAGUUAGCGAUGCAGUUGAAUCUCACCGAGGCGCGUGUGCAAGUGUGGUUCCAGAACCGUAGAGCUAAGUGGCGGAAACGAGAGAAAUCUGGGGUUCAGACUCACCCCCAGGGCCACACCAUCUCUGGACCCCUGGGUGCAGCACACCACCUAAACCACUACCUGGAGGGAAGUCCCUUUUCGCCCCACUCUCACCCCUCCCUGGACUGCGCCUGGACAGCUGCUACCACCUCAUUCCAGGGUCUAACCCAUCCCCUCUCCUGCUCUUCCUCCCCCCUGGGAUUUGGCCCCUUCCUGGGAGCAGCCAUGUUUAGACACCCCACCUUUAUUAGCCCCUCCUUUGGAAGACUCUUCUCCAGCAUGGGUCCCCUGACACUCUUACGUCAGCCCAUACCUGCAGUAGAGGCCCCAGUCCAGCCCCCAACGGCCUUGUCAGAGGCCUCCCCCUCCUCGCCUGUAGACCGCCGGGCCUCCAGUAUCGCAGCACUGCGCCUCAAAGCCAAAGAGCACUCAGCUCAGCUGACACAACUCAACAUCCUACCUUCCAGCACCACUGGGAAGGAGGUGUGUUAGGAGACAUUAAACCCCCUCCAAUUCCUUCUACAUGGAGAAGGAGUCAUGACCAAAGGAAUAGCAGCUUUGAAGUGGUAGGCUAUAGCACAACAAGGCCUCAUCUUUCCCAGUUAGUUGUCCCAAUGUUCUGUUACUCCAGACUGUCCACAACAUGCUUUCCUCAUGAACUGAGGAAGAGAGAAGAAAUACAAAUAGUGAACUCCCUGCCCUUUGACCCUCAGGAAUGACCCAUUAGCAGCCUCGCACAGGGUACUACAGGCCACCAAAGGAACAGCUCUAGGCCCUGGAGAGGUUUAAAAGGAGAGCAAUGCUGUUGAUCAUAUAAGCCCAAUGUAUGUUUAGUGUAUUGAUGAUAUGGUGUUUGUUGAUAGAUAGAUUUUCGCAGUCUUAUUAAAUUACUUGGGUAUUCAAGUUAUUAUUUAUGAUCAAUCAUAUAUGAGCCAGAAGCAAGUUUUCAGGAGGAACAUUUUACAUAUAUAUAUAAAAUUAAGUUUUCUUUCCUGGUUUCAGAUGAAUCAGUUGACAAAAAACUGUCAAAUGCAAAACUUUGCACCUUUGCUUGCUUUUAACUGUGUUGCAAUGAAAUGAAAAAUGCUAAAUGAAAUCAUUCUGAGGACAGAAUUGAGAGGUGUAUUCAACAGCAUGAAACAGUAUUAACAAGCUUGCAAAAGAGAAACAGAUGUGUCUCCAAAAAUACUCUUGCCCAGUAUGGAUUGAUGGAGCCUAGUUCAUAGUCCCACUGAUGGAUCUCAAGAGCUGGAUUCAACUCUUAAACAGGGACAAAGGUGUGGAUUAAGGGAUUUAUAUGGUCAUAUUUAUUUUGCAACAAAUCGUAGACCGGCAUUAAAAGACAUAAAAAAAAUACUGCAUUUUUUUUCAUAUGUGGUGCGGUAGUCUAACAUCUCAUUAGAUGUUGUUUUUCCUCUUGAUCUCACGUCUUAAUUCGGGAGCCCUACCAUUGGCUAUUAACUUGAUAGCAGUUACCGCUCCUUUAAAAAACAAACAAACCUUUAUUUAACUCUUCUGCUCAAUUUGACCCCGUCCAUGCUGCUGAACCAAAUCGC